GGAGAGGGGAAGGCAUCCCCUGGGCGUCUCCAGAACCCUGGCUUGGACCCUGACCAAAGAGUGCCCACCAUCUCUAAGGCCUGCAUCUCCCCCUCUGGGGUGCGCCCUGCCCCUCCCUGAGUCACCCCAGGGAGAGAGGGAAAAAAAGGAAGAGAGGAGAGGCAUUGACCACAGAGGAAGGAAAAGGAAGCAGAGCAGAGGAGGGACAAGAGAAGCCACGCAGGAGUGGGUGACAGAGUAGAGCGGAGAGGGCAGAUCUAGGGCAGAUCUGGGGCAGGGGGAGUUCAAGAAAAGGCAGGCCAAGCAUCUCAAGGGGUGCCCCAGGAGCAGGGCUGCGGGGGCCGGGAGCCAAGGGGGCGGGCCGGCCAUGUCCCACGGGUCCUACUAUGAGUGUGCGCCCAGGGGAGGCCAGCAGCCACUCGAGUUUUCAGGGGGCCGAGCAGGGCCUGGGGACCUGGGGGACAUGUGUGAGCAUGAGGCCUCCAUUGACCUCUCUGCCUACAUUGAGUCUGGGGAGGAGCAGCUCCUCUCGGACCUCUUUGCUGUGAAGCCAGCACCUGAGGCCCGAGGCCUUAAGGGCCCCGGAACGCUUGCCUUCCCCCACUACCUGCCACCUGACCCUCGGUCCUUUGCCUACCCUCCACACACCUUCAGCCAGGACAGGAAGGCAUUGGGGCCUGGCAUCUACAGCAGCCCAGGGAACUACGACCCCAGGGCUGUGGCCGUGAAGGAGGAACCUCGGGGGCCAGAGGGCAGCCGAGGUGCCGCCCGCAGCAGCUACAAUCCCCUGCAGUACCAAGUGGCACACUGUGGGCAGACGGCCAUGCACCUGCCCCCGGCCCUGGCUGCACCCAGCCAACCCCUGCGCGUCCUCAAGGCCCCUCUGGCUGCUGGUGCACAGCCCUGCAGCCCCCUCCUCAAAGCGCCCUCCCCAGCUGGCCCCUCGCACAAGGGCAAGAAGGCAGUGAACAAAGACAGCCUGGAGUACCGGCUGCGGCGUGAGCGCAACAACAUCGCUGUGCGCAAGAGCCGGGACAAGGCCAAGAGGCGCAUCCUGGAGACACAGCAGAAGGUGCUGGAGUACAUGGCAGAGAACGAGAGCCUCCGCAGCCGCGUGGAGCAGCUCACCCAGGAGCUGGACACCCUUCGUAACCUCUUCCGCCAGAUCCCCGAGGCUGCCAACCUCAUCAAAGGUGUGGGGGGCUGCAGCUGAGCCCAGCUGGCUGGACUGUGAGCACCAGUUCUCCUGGCCCAGCCUGACCCUGGGGAACCCCUCUCUGCUGGGGCCCUAGAGCCCCUCACAGACUGAGCAAGAGACACAAACCAUGGACAAAUAGCUGUGGGGUGACAAGGGAGGGUGGGCCCCAGCAUAAUGAUUCUGUGACAAUAAAAUUGCACUGUGACUCGG